UUAAGGACUGAGCUGGGCGCACCCGGACCAAGGCUUGUGUUUCCAGGUCCUAGUAACGAUGUCUGGGAGAGGCAAGGGCGGUAAAGGUUUAGGCAAGGGUGGUGCCAAGCGCCACCGCAAAGUCCUGAGAGACAACAUCCAGGGCAUCACCAAGCCCGCCAUCCGCCGCCUCGCUCGGCGUGGGGGUGUCAAGCGGAUCUCGGGCCUCAUCUAUGAGGAGACGCGGGGGGUGCUGAAGGUGUUCCUGGAGAACGUGAUCCGGGACGCCGUCACCUACACGGAGCACGCCAAGCGCAAGACGGUCACGGCCAUGGACGUGGUGUAUGCCCUGAAGCGGCAGGGUCGCACCCUGUAUGGCUUCGGGGGAGACGAAAACAGCUGUGGAAUCCGGAAGCCGGGCCUUGGGAUCCGAAUGCUCCCGGGACCGUGGCGGAUAGUGUCCGCUAGAGGGCGGCCUGAGGGCGGAAGGGGGGGAGAGAAACGGCGGAGGGGCGGGGACCAUGACGACCGCUCGCGGUUUUCAAUCCGGUCCGACGGUCUCGUAUAUCAGGGGGCCGAGCUCCCCUUCUGGCACGGCGCCUGGUGGGUUCACCUCGUGGUACGAGCAGCCAUGUCCGGGAGAGGCAAGGGCGGGAAAGGGCUGGGCAAAGGCGGUGCUAAGCGGCACCGCAAGGUCCUGAGAGACAACAUCCAGGGCAUCACCAAGCCCGCCAUCCGCCGCCUCGCUCGGCGUGGGGGUGUCAAGCGGAUCUCGGGCCUCAUCUACGAGGAGACGCGGGGGGUGCUGAAGGUGUUCCUGGAGAACGUGAUCCGGGACGCCGUCACCUACACGGAGCACGCCAAGCGCAAGACGGUCACGGCCAUGGACGUGGUGUACGCGCUCAAGCGCCAGGGCCGCACCCUGUAUGGCUUCGGGGGCUAAGCCUCUGCUGCGGGCUCGCGUGUGCGGCCACCCUAAAGGCCCUUUUUAGGGCCACCCAGAGAGUCCUUGGGGAGCUGGGCACCUAUAGGACGUGGGCACUAGAGCGCCCCCCAACCUCCUUUAGCACCAGCCGUUCUCCAAGCUGCCCCUCUGUUGUAACAGUGAGUCGCUUAGACAAGCAAUGCCGAGUGCUUUGGUUCCUGCUUGCCGAGCCGACCCUUCUCCAUGCCACCCUUGCGGGUCCAGUGGGGGUCGCGCAGCUGUGUCCGCAUUUGGACAAUUACUGACCAAUCCGCGGGGUCCCGCAGCGGUCGCUGUGCGGGUCCAGCCAAUCAGGACAGUGCUGGUAUUGCACUAUCUGAAUGCCCAUUUCUACAGAAACGGAUCCGUUGGGGACAGGGGUGAAGGGUGGGGGUGGAGGCUGGAACUUCCCUGUAUAGAAGUUAGCCAUAAAGGACCUCCAGCUUUAACCAGGCUGUCUCCCCCCUCACCCCUUUAUAGCAGGGAGGACCCUAGCGGUCUGUUACCCAUCCCCUUUUUCUUUUGUGCCGUCCUUCCUCCUCUUCCUGCAUUUCUGUAUGUACCUCCCUCUCAGCCCCUGACCAUACCCCAAGCCUCUACCCCAUCCCCAGAAAAUUGUCAGCACGGCCGAAUGUGACAUCUUUGGGGAUAUAAAAGCAGAUGGUCCUGCCCAGGUUCUCUGAAUUCAGGAACAGACUGGGGACGCUGGUGGGGGUGCAGCUCAGUGAACUCUUUUCAGUUGCUCUCACCAAGAGCAGGCUGAACCUGGGACUGUGGCCAUUCCCGGGGCUUUCCAGACACCCUGCCUACGGGCACUGUGACCCCGACCCUGCAAGUUCCUCCCGGAGGAGGGUGAGGAGGAGAAAGGAAAGGGGCUGGAUCUUGAAGCUCAGGGGCCCCCAGGGCUCUAGAGAGGGGGUGGGCCUUCCACACAGAAGAAACAGAAAUGUGUGAAGACACCGUCUACUUGGGGAUCGCAGAUGCCCUGUGGGGCUAGAACCUACUGGGUUCAGCUGGCAGAACACCCGAAACCCGGGGAGGCUCUGAGAACUCCCAGGAAGCAGAUGUAUAUUAAGGUUAAUUUUUUCGUUGCCUUUUAAUGGGAUUAAAAGGCAGCUAUUAAUGGAA